CACAACAAGGACAACUUAAAGACCACAUGAACACCCACACUGGAGAGAAACUGUAUGAAUGUGAUCAAUGCGGCAAAACAUUUUUGAGGGCUUCAAACCUGAAGGAGCACCUGAACAUGCAUACGAAGGAGAAACCACAUUCAUGUUCUUUAUGUGGAAAGAGUUUUUCACAUCCGCAGAAUUUAAAUGUUCAUCAGAAGAUACACACUGGUGUGAGAGAUCAUAUGUGCUUUGAGUGUGAGAAGACUUUUAUUACAGCUGAUCAUUUGAAACAGCACCAGAGGAUCCACACUGGAGAGAAACCUUACAAGUGUUCACACUGCAACAAGAGAUUCAGUCGGUCAGGAAUCUUGAAAAAUCAUGAGAGGAUUCACACUGGAGAGAAACCAUUCACAUGUGAUCAGUGCGGAAGUUUCACACAACAAGGACAACUUAAGAAUCACAUGAGAAUCCACACUGGAGAGAAACCAUUCAUAUGUGAUCAGUGCGGGAAGAGUUUCACACAACAAGGACAACUUAAAGACCACAUGAACACCCACACUGGAGAGAAACUGUAUGAAUGUGAUCAAUGCGGCAAAACAUUUUUGAGGGCUUCAAACCUGAAGGAGCACCUGAACAUGCAUACGAAGGAGAAACCACAUUCAUGUUCUUUAUGUGGAAAGAGUUUUUCACAUCCGCAGAAUUUAAAUGUUCAUCAGAAGAUACACACUGGUGUGAGAGAUCAUAUGUGCUUUGAGUGUGAGAAGACUUUUAUUACAGCUGAUCAUUUGAAACAGCACCAGAGGAUCCACACUGGAGAGAAACCUUACAAGUGUUCACACUGCAACAAGAGAUUCAGUCGGUCAGGAAUCUUGAAAAAUCAUGAGAGGAUUCACACUGGAGAGAAACCGUUCACCUGCACUCAGUGUGGAAAGCGUUUCACAUACAAACAGAGUCUUGAGGUUCACAUGAGGAUCCACACUGGAGAGAAACCAUUCACAUGUGAUCAGUGCGGGAAGAGUUUCACACAACAAGGACAACUUAAGAAUCACAUGAGAAUCCACACUGGAGAGAAACCAUUCACAUGUGAUCAGUGCGGGAAGAGUUUCACACAACAAGGACAACUUAAAGACCACAUGAACAUCCACACUGGAGAGAAACUGUAUGAAUGUGAUCAAUGCGGCAAAACAUUUUUGAGGGCUUCAAACCUGAAGGAGCACCUGAACAUUCAUACGAAGGAGAAACCACAUUCAUGUUCUUUAUGUGGAAAGAGUUUUUCACAUCCGCAGAAUUUAAAUGUUCAUCAGAAGAUACACACUGGUGUGAGAGAACAUAUGUGCUUUGAAUGUGAGAAGACUUUUAUUACAGCUGAUCAUUUGAAACAGCACCAGAGGAUCCACACUGGAGAGAAACUGUACAAGUGUUCACACUGCGACAAGACAUUCAGUCGGUCAGGAAUCUUGAAAAAUCAUGAGAGGAUUCACACUGGAGAGAAACCGUAUCACUGCACUACAUGUGGGAAGAGUUUCACUAAUUUGUCUUCUCUACGAAGUCAUAAAAUACACAAUCACAUUAUGUAGUUCAUCUUCAGGUACAGUGCUUUAAACUGCGACAUUGGAUCCCUUCCAUAUUAAUCUGUCAUAAGAAACAUCAUCUAAAUCUGUCACAGAACAUCAAGUUCAUCUUCAAGACCAGCAGUUUCAUCUGUGAGAUUCAGAUAAAUUGAAAAGCCCUAUUCAGACGGUAAUUGCUUCUCAAGGGGAAGCAAGUUAUUUUCACCAUUUACAGGGGGUAGUCGGUCAUUUUAUUGCCGGCCGAAUCCAGAAUGUCGGUGUUUAUCUCUCACCACUCCUGUAGAAAUCCUUGGUCAAAUUACCUACCGGUUUUUACAAACACCAAGGUCGUGUGAUAAUUAAAUCACUGUCCGAAUUCACAUCUCUGAGUUUACAAGAAGAAAUCAAUUCAAAAUUCAAUGUUUAAUACCUUUUUGACAACUGCUGAACACUGUACAGUAACUGUUGUAUUUUGCUGUAAGUUGCAUGCAUAUUUAUUUAUGAAAUGCUGGAAAGUGUUUAAAAGAACAAUACUUUAUAAUUGCUUCACCACAGAGACUGGGAGCAGAAAGAGAAGAAAAUCACGUUGUAAGAAUUACAGAACCUCAGACACUUUGAACUUCUGAGAUGGACAACACCAACAGGGUGUAUUAACAUACAGACAUCUGUCUCCACAUCCCACUGAGAGAAAAUGCGGGAAAACGCCUCUCUCACAUAUGCAUCAGUUCCUUUUCAUCUCCUUCCUUCCCCUCACCCAUCCUUCCCUUCACUCAGCCCACUCAGAAUGGUCAAUAGUAGAAUGAUACCAAACAUGACUAAAUACCACUUGCAUUCAUGUAGAACAUUAUAGGUGUGGCAUGUCUCCUCUGGGCAUAAUAUCUUCGUUAUUUCUUCUAGUGUGGUUAGAAAACAUCUUAGGGAUUUCAGAAAAGUCUAAUGUGUUGCAUCUAAUGUCUUAGAUAGAUAUAGAAAUAAAUCGCAGAAGUCAAAAUUGCAAAAAAUGUCCCAGAUUACCCAAAAUCACCCUAUAGUAAACUAAAAGGUAAUACAGAUCCUAAGAGUUUAGAGAUAUUUUGCUCACUGUAGAGGGCGGGUCAGUUCCCAGUGUCUUUCAUGCAAAUUACCAAAAGGUGAUAACUACUUGAUCAAUGCAAAUUCCAAUUGUUAGUUCCUGUCUCCAUCUCAGGGGACAUUGGUUUUGCUAUGAAGUACUUAAGGAAAUGUUGCAAAAGGAUCAGGGCCUUCUGUAGCCGGAAUGAGCCCAUAGGAUGAAGUAUGUUCGCACACUUCAUACUAUGUAUUUUUCUCAAGUCAGGUAUGCUUACUCUUAGAUUCAUCUUUGAGAUUUUGAUGUUUUGUAUUGAUUUGAUAUCUUUGAAUUGGCUGUAUAAUUGGCAUAAUACAUAUUUACCUGACUGAUAAUAAAUUAUUACAUUUGAAUUUAUUCUGACUUUGAAAUUAUUUUCUCAAGUAGAUUAAGUGAAGGCAUAUGUUACCGCAAAUCUGCGUCCAGGGUUAGUACAUACUAAAUCUCUGGUUAGAUGGAGCAUGGGGCACAUCAGGUGAGAUUACAGAUUUCUGACUAACUGCUUGACUGUAGUUAAUUUGUUAUACAGUUACAUUAACUAUGGGGGGCUAGAUGAAAUAUUAUUGGAGUAUUAGCAUGGUUUGGGCAUACUUCAUAGUACUAGCAUAACCUCUGAUUAUUGUUUGAGCUUUAACUAAGUUGUUACAUGGGUGACUGUAGGGGGCUAAACAGAACCACUAUUUAUAUAAUGGUAAGCAUGGGCGACCUAUUAAAUAAUUAGUCAUAACCUCUGACUAAUGAUCAGACUGGAGAGUUUGUGAUCGUGGGGUACACGUACAUCGGCCGGCGUGAUACACCCUGAGCGACAUGGAUUCCCAAUGAACGAGUAAAUAUAGAGUAAAGAAUUAACUAGAAUAAUCAAAUGUCAGAAGAAUAUUAGGAAUAAUUAGGGACAGACAAAAGACCAAUUUGCUUUUCAACCUAAGUUCGAGGUCAUAAUAAAAUGGAGUCAGAUUAGUUAAUAAAAUGGAGCCAGAUUUUAAUUUAACCUAAAUUUAAUAACUGCACGCUGAAAAGACUGAACAUGCAGGAAACCUUCACCCAUGAUUGGAUACCGUCCUUGGACCAAAUUCGUGGACCUUACAACGUAAACAUUCGAAAUGGGUCUUUAUUAUG